UAUUUGUAUUAUUAUUAAUCAAACUAAAAUAUAACUUCUUUGAUUUUUAUUGACUAUUAAUAAUACUACCACCAACCUUUUCAGCUCAUUAUGAUACUGUCAACCCCAAAACACUAAUCUUAACCCAACCAGAGGAAUGACAAUAAUAGAGUCCCACCCAGUAAGCCAGAGUUUAGCCCUAUCAUCCCAAUACAACCCUGACCCCAUUGUGCAACUCUUAGGAGAACCUCGUGGACUCAAGCCGAAUAUUGGAGCAGUUCUCAUACAAGAUUCCAAUGAUGUACAUAUUGGUGAUAAGCACAUUUAUCAUGGACCAGUCACUAUACAGUUGUAUAAAUGUGAUAACAUAGGGUUUGUUGAUGAUGAGAAUGUUAAAGAGGAAGUUGAACAGGAACAGAAGCACAGCUUUAAGGAAAACACUAAUAAGGAAACGCAAAAGAAAAAAGGUUUACCUUGCCUAUGCCUACAAAAGCUCCAACAGAAUAGAACAGUAAAACUUCUACUACUAUUAGGAAUAGUCUUCAUAUGUACUAUAGUCUUAACAAUAGAAAUUCUAGUCAAUAAAAAAGGCUCCUCAAAGGACCAAUUUUAUAUUGAGGAACCGGAGCUGAUCAAACCUAUUGAUUACGAACCAGACUGGACAGAUGAGAGUCAGCUUAAGACCAAAAUUAGGUUGGUUUCACGUCAAGAAUGGGUGGCACAACCGCCAAAUAAAACGUUGCCAUUAGUUACACCUGUGCCUUAUGUUAUGUUAUACCAUACUGGUACGGAAAAUUGUAGUUCGCAGGCCCAAUGUGUGUUUCAUGUCAGGCAACUUCAAACUUACCACAUCGAAAGCCGCGGUAUGAAAGAUAUUCCCUAUAAUUUCCUUAUUGGAGGGGAUGGUGCUGCUUACGAGGGUAGAGGCUGGACCAAAGAAUGUGAUAGUAUUUUAGAGAAUUAUUCAAAAAGCAUCUCCAUAGCUUUCAUAGGAACGUUUAAAAAAGAAGCUCCAACAAAAACUCAACAAUUCACUUGUAAAAAACUGAUAAAACUAGGAUUAGACCUUAAGUACAUAAAAAAGGAUUAUAAGUUAAUUAAAGGAUCGUCGGACUUAGUUUUAAAUGAUACGUUAAGAACUAUAUUGUGAUAUAAUAUAAGGGUGGACCUCUUUUAAAUGUAUAUAUAAAAUAAAACACAGUUUAAAACAUA